CAAUGGAAAACCGGGAGGAAAUGCGGGGUUAUAACAUAACCACUUCUGCUGAGGCAAAAGGCUUAUUCCUUAUCCUGGUCUUUGCCGAUUCUUCUUCCACUUCUGAAAAGUCUCGUGCUUGUAGUGUCUGGUACGAUUGCAGCAGGGCUGAUGAUAGUCUGCUCUGUAAGGUGCAGGGCUGGAUUUACUCUGGUUGACUGUACUUGGAUCGCAUUGCUUCUCUGUCCUUCUAUCUAUCUGGACACUGAAUCCAGAGAAUGCGCCCCCAGUGCAGGCUGCGGAGAAGUGUUGGUCCCUCGGCUCCCUCCGGAAGUUAUGUAUAUGCUACAGCAUCCCUGGGUGCAACGCACGCCAGGAUGCAUGCAUUAUUCAGCUCCUGGGGUUCGGUCGGAUGAGCUGUUUGGAAUUGUGAUUUCGUCUUUGUGGGAUAUGCACAGCAGUGCCAGGAAUGCAAGCGGACAGGAUGUACAGCACAAGUAGGUGCGCCACGAGCCGAGGCUGAGAGGUAAAAGGCUUCCCCGAGCGGGACUCGGGAGGGAAAGCGCU